AUGGGCAAGAAGAAUAAAAGAAAGACCUCUCGCGGCAAGAGGAAGCUCGAAGCUCCUGAUGAAGAAGAUAAAGCGCUGUCGCCAUUGCCCCUCCUCCCCUCCUUUGACGACAUACCGACCUUCACAAUUCAGUCACAUACUCCAUCUCAAGAAAAGUCCGCUCGAAAACGAUCCGCUGGCGCUAUUCCAGAUGCUGAAGAGUCCUCGAAGGAGGACUCAUCGUCCAAUCCCGCAAAAAGACGUUGCAGCUCGAAUGAAGACAUACCGAAGGAUGUUUCUGGGGAUACUGUCAAGGAUACCGUCGAAGAUGCUCAUAGGGACUCGGACUCGGACUCGGGCUCGGAAGGUCAGCAGCGAGCCCCAAUAAAGAGAAGGGGGGAGAAAAGCCCACUGGCCGAUCCAAAAAAGCGGUUUCGCGGCUCGAUCGAGGAGAUUCCUAAGAAUCGGGAUGAAGACUUAGAGGGCUGGCAACAAGUCCCUAUCAAGAAGAGGAAAGGAGAAAACACAUCACCCAGUCCUACAAAACGACAGCGUAGCUCGAAUGAAGACACACCUAAGGAAGUGUCUGGGGAAAAGAACGAAGACUCAGAAGGCUGGCAGCAUGUCCCCGUUAGAAGGAAGAAGGGAGAAGUCCCAAACCGUGGGAAAUCUUACCCAGAAAUCGUUGUCUCCUCGCAAAGAAUACACACCUGGACCCGAAUCUCCGACCUUCAAGGUCUGGCCCUUCACCUUCUCUCUUUCGACGCUCCUCCGCAAUGGUUACAUAUCAAGAACAAAUCCGCUAUCAGAAGAGUAGUUUACCUCUAUGUUCCCGGACUUUCAAUGGACCUUUUCGACCGCCGAACACCUCUGAUCUCGAAACCUUCAGGAGAGGAAGAGCCUCCAAUCCGCCAUUCGACACUUGGAGAAUUCUUCCCGUGGUCUCUUACCGAAAACCCGCUUCCAAAACCUCUCGGCGAACUUUCUGAUAUCUUCACCCAUGUCCUUCCCGUACGUGCCGGCGGUGAUGGUAGCAAAGUCUUCUCCCCGGUUUACAACAUGCUCAACAUCCCCGUUGAGGCCGACCCUAAGAAGAAGAACCAAAAGAGGAAUAACAGAAGGGAGGCCCGUCUAAAGAUCUCAGACCUCCUUCUUUCUACUGAAGACCUGAUAGAAAACGAAUACCCUAUCCAUAGCUCCCAGAUCCCGGAGGAUCACCCUCCAUUGGCAAAUCAGGAAGGAUGGGUUGAAACAUCCCUCACAGACCUACCACCCCGUAAUAACGAAGCCGGUAGUACUCUAGAAGGUUACAAAGUCUACUCGCUAGACUGUGAAAUGGUUAAAACCUCCGUCAGGCCAUCCACCGAGUCCUCCACAGAACCCUCCACAGAACCCUCCACAGAACCCUCCACAGAGCCCUCCACUGAACCCUCCACUGAACCCACUGAAUCCUCCCUAGCCCGUGUUUCCCUUAUAUCCUGGGAUGGCGACGUGGUCUUUGACUCUCUUGUUAAGCCAUCAGAACCAGUCGUUGACUAUUUGACCCAAUUCUCUGGUAUAACAGAAGCCAUGCUCCGCGACGUUACAACCACAAGAGCGGAUAUUCAGAACAAACUGAAGGAGCUUAUAGACGGUAACACUAUCCUCAUCGGCCAGAGCCUCAACUCCGACCUAAACGCCCUAAGAAUGCGACAUCCAUGGAUCGUAGACACAUCAGUAAUCUACGACCACCCACGAGGCAAGCCCAUGAAACCAGCCCUUAAAUGGCUUACCAACAAAUUCCUGAAAAAGGAAAUCCAAAUCCGCGGGGCUCAAGGUCACGACUCUAUCGAGGACUCUAAAGCAUGUUUGGACCUUGUCAAGCUAAAACUUGAAAAGGGUAGAGAAUUUGGCAGCACUGCUGCCAACUUCGAAAGUAUAUUUACGAAGUUGGCGGCUUCGAAGCCCGCCAAAACCGGGGCCGUGAUCGAUUAUGGCGAUGUACAGAAGAAAUUCGGUACGGUUGCCCAAUUCACAAAGCGAGGGAAUGACGACGAUCAAAUCGUAGAGGGGGUCUUGAAGGCCGCCAACGGAGAUGAUAUUUCCGGCAUCGCGCCAGUAGAUUUUACGUGGGCCCAACUUCGGGAUCUAAAUACCACCCGCGGUUGGCAUAACUCCUACCAGAAGUUCAUCACAGAGAUGAACACUAAAAUGAUAACCGCUAACUCCCCACCAAUCACCAUUCCCGAAAAGCCAACCCCACUGGAGGGAGAGGAACUAGGGAAGGUGGUUGAGGAAACAGUGGGGAGGAUUAAGAAGAUUUACGAUGGGUUGCCAAAGUGUUCGGUGUUGGUGGUUUAUGGAGGAACGGGGGAUCCGGUGGAGAUGGGGAGGUUAAAUGCCAUGCAGGCGGUUUAUAGGAAGGAGUAUAAGGUGAAGAAUUGGGAUGAGUGUAGUGUUCAGUGGACGGAUAAGGAGGUGCAGGACCUUAAGAAGGCUGUGGAGGAAGCUAGGAAGGGAGUUGCUCUGUUGGCUGUGAAGUGA